UUGGAUCGGUCUACAAGGGAAAUAGAGUUGGGUCUUGAGUAUGGAGCCCCUGUAAUGAACAUCGGGGGGCAAAGCUUGAAAUUUGAAGAGGGACAAUGGAUUGCAGGUAACUGAUCUUAAUUUAAAUGCAGUAGAAACUGCACUGUCUGCACUGCUACUGUAAGAAGUCUGAUCUGUCUGAUCACCACUGGUGUUUCCUUUUUGUUUUUCAUGUGGUUCUUUUCUUGACCACAGAGUCCGGAUGGAAUGUAUCAGGGAAGGAGGUGCAGAGACUAAAAAAGAGGAACUUACAGCUUGAAGAGGAGAACAACUUACUAAGGCUGAAGAUUGACCUCCUGUUGGACAUGGUGAGUUAUCAGCCUGAAGCAUCCCACUGA